AAUCAUCAAAUGAUGAUAGUAAUGAUUCAGAAUAUGAUAGAUCAGAAUCAACUAAUGAUUCUUCACCAAACACUAACACCAUCAAGUUAAUGCGCUAUACAAUCUAUAAUUCCUUAUUUGAUUAUUGGAAUGAACCAUUAAUGGUCAGUUUGUUGGCAUCACUUUUGGAUCCACAACUAAAAAUGCUUUUUAGUUGGAAUGAAGAAGCUCAAGAAAAGGCAAAAACUGAGUUAACUCGUCAAUUCAAAAAUAUAACUGAUUCAAAUUAUGAACAAACAACAACAUCAAUAUAUACUACUUCCUCAGGUGAUAGCAAUAUUUGCUGCAAUCGUUUACACUCCUCCAUUUUUGGUACAUCUACUUCCACCUAUACUGCUUUCAAUCCUUUGGCCGAAUUAAAAUGCUAUCUGGAUCCUACACAAACUCCUAUUGCUGAUGAUAAUGUAAAUCCAUUUGAAUG